CAGAAGAGGCGGUGGCGACGCGCAAGAACUCUAUCGGGCUUAAGAACUGCCGCCAUGGCCGCAUUUGCAGCAAUCUUGUCCUGGCUGCACUGGUGCAGCUUUUGGAUGCUGCUUGUGGCUGCUUCCGCUGCUUCCUCUUGGGCCAUCGCUGCGGACGAGAACCCCGGCAGGGAGACAAGAUCUAUACAAGGCCGCGAAACAGAUGCGAAAGGGAAUCAGCCCGAUGAGAAGCAUCAACCUCACGAUUCCUCAUAUGGCACUUUCGCCAGCGAGUUUUACGAUACCCGCUUCCUCUCCGACGAGGGUUAUCCUUUUCCGACUGCUCCUCCAGUAGAUCCAUUUGCAAAAAUUCGAGCGGAUGAUUGUGGAAAAACAAAAGGAUGCUUUAGGCACCAACCUCUCCUAGACUCCAACAACUGCGGGACAGUGGGAUAUGCCUCAUGCAGGUAUGGUAAACCUGGAUGCACUGCAGAUACAUGCGACUAUUUUCUCAGUUACCGCAGAAUAGGAGCGGACAUAGAGUUUGAACUGAGUGCUGAAGCUGAUGGCUGGGUAGCUGUAGGAUUUUCCUCAGAUAAGAAAAUGGGUGGAGAUGAUGUUAUGGCCUGUGUUCAUGAUGAUAAUGGAAGAGUCAGAAUACAUCACUUCUACAAUGUUGGUCAGUGGGCAAAAGAGAUCCAAAGAAACCCUGCCAGAGAUGAAGAAGGUAUUUUUGAAAAUAACCGUGUCACAUGUCGAUUUAAGCGCCCAGUGAAGGUUCCCAGGGAUGAAACUAUCGUAGAUCUCCAUCUAAGUUGGUACUAUUUAUUUGCUUGGGGCCCAGCAAUUCAGGAUUCCCCGUCUGAUUCCCCCAUGAGUUCCCCUCUCCCUGUAAGAUAUGGCAGACUGGCAUCUAAGCAAAGAAUAGAAGUUCUAUAACUCGGCAUGAUAUAGAUUCUCCACCGGUUUCGGAGCAUGUGGUCAGUAUUUACAAGUAUGAAGAUAUUUUUA